AUGUCGACUCCUCGCCGCCAUCGCUCGGCAUUUGCUUGCCAAAACUGUCGUCGGCGCAAAGUGCGCUGCAGCGUCUCAGUGACCGGCAUCCCGUGUGUCGGAUGCACCCAAGAUAGCAUCGACUGCAUUGUCCAUCAGACUCAAGGCCUAAAGCGGCAGCAACCAAAGGAGCCAUUUGGUCAUCAGGACUCCUUUCGUGGGCCUGUUGACCUUGAACUAAGCCUUCCAGAAGCUGAAUGUAGGAGAGUGCAGCAAUCAAUGUCUCCGGCUUCUGUAGAACAGGGACUCAGCGCAACCACAAGCUAUACAUCUCCAAGUGAUGAGUCCAAGAGAGCCGGAGAAGCCCGAAGCUCUCAUUCUGGCACUGAUAUUCGCGGCAACCAAGACGAACAGCGUACCGGGACUGAGAUAUCCUCCACAGCAUUAGGCCAAAAUAAUCAGGCUGCCCGUGUUCCGUUUUAUACAGGGGAAGCCCCGGGGUUCACAUCCAUUCUCGAUGCGUGUUCGCCGUCACAGCAGCCUGCCGCGCGGCAUAUACUAAUAUCAGAAGCACCCGUCUCAUUGUCAGAUGAGGACCGCGAGUAUCUCCGGUGCAAGGGAGUCUUCACUCUACCUCAGAAAAGUACAUGCAAUGAACUCCUACGCGCGUACUUUCAUCAUGUCCACCCAAUCAUGCCGGUUGUUGAUGCCUCGGUGCUCCUCAAAUUGCAUCAAACGGGCAAAGCCAGUGAGUGGAAUUUGCUAUUAUUAUGGAGCAUGUUCUUCGUAGCAGCAAAUUUCGUCGACGCCCAUGUGUGGACUCUGGAGGGCUAUUCUUCGCGCAAUGAGAUGAAAUCUGCCAUGUAUUCGCGUGCAAAGUGCAUGUACGACAAUGGUGGCGAGACAGAUAAACUAGUUCUCCUACAAUCGGCUCUCCUCAUGGGGUUUUGGCACUCGAAAUGGGAUGGACACUCACAGCCGUGGUAUUGGACCGGAGUCGCCAUUAGCCUUGCCCAAAUUUUGGGCUUGCAUCGAGACCCAGAUUCGGUCAAGUUCAAUACAUCUUUCUCUAACCAUCGGCGUCGUCUCUGGCGUCGUCUCUGGUGGUCUUGUUUCUUCCGAGAUCGAUCACUAAGCCUCACACUGGGGCGGCCAAUGAGGAUCAACCUGAACGACUGCAAUAUGCCGAUGGCUUCAGCCGUCGAUGUCGUCAGCGAUCUAAGUCAGAUACCACCUUCAGUCGCCAAGGGAUAUAUCCCAGAUGACUUGCCUCAGCUCGCUGAGUACUGGGUUAUCUUAAUCCAGCUAAACAAGCUUUUGGGUGAUGUUCUCACUUUAUGCUAUCAACCUUUCGGCCCAAGCCCCAUGCUCCAACAGAUACAAUCUCUUGAAGCAAAAAUAUUACAGUUCCACAUUCCAGAGAAUCAUGGCAACGAGCAGAGUCGUCUGUCAUCCUUCUAUCUAUACCACCUACAAUUAAAUUAUUAUGCUAUUUUAAUCACUCUAUAUUGUCCUUACAUUGCCAACGCUCCAUCAGACAUGCCUCUUGAGAAUAAGCAGACAUGGCAAGUUGAUGUACGAAAUAAAAUGGACUCCGCUGCUCUCCGUUCAAACGCUAUCGUGGACAAUAUUGUCCGGGACAAGCUUCUCCCCUUUGCUAGUCCUAUGACUGCUCCACUAUUAGUAUCGGCCAUGCAUGUGCAUCUUCUUAAUUGCAAAUCUGAAGAUGCAUUAUCUCGGCGUCUUAGCCUCAAUAAGCUUGAGCUUUGCAUGAUGGUUAUGGAAGAAUUAGAAGAGAUGUAUACAUCAGCUUCUGUUUACCGAGGCGUCUUCUUAGAAGCAAUCCGCCAGCUACACCCAAACUAUUCUUCCAGCUCAACGAUGAGUGAAUCAAACUCAACUGAUUUCUCCCAACCUCGCGGGUCUUUUUCGAACGAUGCGAUGAUGGUACCUCUGGUUAAUGACGAUAUUCUUAACGCUUUACUAGACGAGUCAUCAUGCUUUACGUUCUGGGAGUCAUUCAGCGAUAUCCAGAUGGAACCGAUGCAGCCGGCCUUAUAG